AAGCAGUGCAAAAGUCCCCGGUAUAAGAGCAGAAAAUAGAAGUUGGGCAGUUAUACUAACAUAUUGCAGGGGAACAUCAGCAAAGAGAAAAGAAAUGGCCUCAUACAUAAAGGCAAAAAUAUUCUACAUUUUUUGGCUCAGUUUAGGUGUUGAAUGUUACAGCAGCUGGUCAAAUGUAUUAACUAUUCAGACUGGAGGACCUGUUACAAUCCCAUGUCAUUAUGACAAGAAAUACACACAGCAGAAGAAAUACUGGUACUCAGAAAUUGAACAAUCUAAAACAUACACAAACACAACAGAGGAGAAUCUGUCAGUAAUUGAUCAUCCUGAUCAGAGUCUCUUUACUGUGACUAUGAGAAACCUGCAGAUCAAACACACUGGACAUUAUUAUUGUGUUGUGGAAACUGGAGAACAACCACCGACAAUUAUCACAUAUGAGCCUCAUCUCAAGAUUCAAUCUGCUCCUGAUGUGUCUGUGGUGAGCAGCAGUGUAUCUGGACAUGAAGGUGGUAAUAUCAGUGUUCAGUGUCUCUACAGUUCUGGAUAUCAGAAUAAAGUCAAACAGUGGUGUAGAUAUAAAGAUCAGAGCUGUUACACAGUGGGGAGGACUGACACAUCCCAGAAUUCAUCAGUCCAGAUCAGUGAUGAUGGGAGAAGAUCCUUCACUGUGCUGAUGACUGGACUGAGACUGACUGAUUCUGGCUGGUACUGGUGCUCUGCUGGAGUGGCAAUGAAUCCUGUUCAACUCACUGUAACAAAACAAGAGGCUAGAGAUCUAGAGAUUUCUCCGCAUCAACCAGAAAGAUCAGAUGAUUAGAAAACAUUUGAUAAAAAGAUUUAUGUUCUGCCUUUACUUUACACUCAGUCAACAGACAGACAUUAGAUGUGUGUGAAGAAUGCAUUAGAUGUCUACAUUUGCUAAAUAUUUAGUUAAAUGUCUGUAAUGUAUUUUUUCCUUAAAUGUUUACUUUUAUACUCACAUUUGCAGUCUUCGCACUUGAACACUGGUAUUACAUGACAUAUCUCCUGUAUUUGGCCCAAGUGUUCAAGUUGUUGUAGUACUUUGCACUUUCCAAUAAACUUCUAAACUUCUGUUCA